UAUAGUUUUUUUGGUCAUUUAUCGUCUCUCUCUCACUCUCACGCCGUCGCCGCACAUCUCUUUCAACAGUGAGCAGAGCAGUGGACGAUCGAUCAUGGGUCAUUCCAACGUGUGGAAUUCACAUCCGAAGAAAUAUGGUCCGGGGUCUCGCACCUGCCGUGUGUGUGGAAACUCGCAUGGAUUAAUCCGCAAGUAUGGUCUCAACUGCUGCAGACAGUGCUUCCGUAGCAACGCCAAGGAAAUCGGUUUCAUUAAGUACCGUUGAUGAUCCACAGGAGCAUCGUGUCUUUUGGGGUUUUCAAACUUUAAGCUUUUUUUAUCUUGUAAUGGAUUUAUCUGCAUUGAACUAAUCUGACAAGCCUUUUUAGCUGUUGAAUCAAUGAAUUACCUUGUUUGACUAUUUUGCUUAUAAAUUUAUAAUAUCUUUGCUUUAUAUU